CUGCGCUGAAGAAGAUAUUGGAUAUUUUACACGACAGUUGACGACAAUAACUGUGCUUUUAUAUAAUUUUACUCGUGCCCAAAGGAAUUGCAAUAUCUAAGGAUUUGAAUUAUAAGAAUAGAUCUAAUUGGAUGUAUUAGAAUUCAAUAUUUUAAAUGAUAACAUUUGACGUUUAUCAUAAACACUUGUCGUGUGUAUUCAUUAUAAUAAUAUAUCAUUUUUAUAUUAAAAUUGCCUCUCUGAUCUAUUUUGUUUUAAAAUGGUGACUAGCCUUAAUCAAACAUUUACAUGUGAAGGGAAUGACUAUGAGCCAACUUGGAAGGAUAUAUUUAAAGCAUGUGUUAUUGGCUGCGUGUCGCUCGGCAUCAUUGUUGGAAACAUUUUUUCUGUGAUAGUGUUCAACAACUCAAACAGUAGAAAAUUAUUUCUAAAGAAAGUUCGACUUACUAUGAACUCUUUAAUUUGUACAGACCUGAGUAUGGGCCUGUUCAUGUGUCCGUUCUGUAUAUAUUCUGCUCUCUACAAAUGUUGGCCGUACUCGGAAACUUUCUGUAAAAUAGAGGCAUUGUUCUUGUCCGCUUUAUUUCAUGAGUCAACAUUGUCACUUGUUUUAAUAGCCCUGGACAGAUACUUCUCUGUCCACCAUUAUUUAAAAUAUAACAGUUUCAUGACGUCACGGAAAUACGUCAUUGUUAUCUUAGCCACGUGGACAAUGACGUUUGGUGUUUAUUCGAUUGUGAUAUUUUUCGGGGAACAGUUCUAUUUUGAUGACAUUGGGAUAAACUGUGAACCUUAUUAUGAAAACCCAAACGUGACACUGAGUGUAAUAGUAAUAUUUUACUUUAUUCCCGCCUUGUUAUUCUUAUAUAGUUACGGAUCUAUUUUUGCAGCUGCUAACCGGAAAGAGACCAUUCGUGUAUUCUCAAGAAAUGCAAGACAUGCUGAAAAUAGUAACCUUGCAGUUUCUCAGAUUUUACGUACUUCAAAAUACUUGGCGGCCAUCACGGCGGGUUUCUUUGUUGCCGUUACACCUUGGACAAUCUGUACAUUGACAAUCGCAUUGACCCAGAUAAAGCUAAAUGAGGACAUAGACUUUGCAGUGACGUGGAUUGCCAUUAGUAACAGCUUUUGGAACGUGGUUAUUUAUAGCGUUAUGAACCGGAAGUUCAGGUAUAUUGCAAGGACAUUUGUCGUUCCUACACGGAAACAUCGACAAGUAUGGACUUUAAGUCAUCGUUGUCAAUGUAUGUGUUUGGUAUAGAUACUGCAGGCUUGCUAUUAAGUAUUAAAAAUAUUGAAAACUUUACAACUACGUUAGAAACUUGUU